AUGUUGCAAGAACUAUGGAAAUCGAAAGCCGCUUGGGAUGAUCCUGUUCCUCUUACCAUUCUAGAAACCUGGACAAAAUUUAAACAACAAAGCUAUAAUCUAAACUUGAUUUCAGUUCCUCGCUUCUUGGGAGUCGACAAUAAUUCUGACAUCCAAUUACAUGGUUUCUGCGAUGCAUCUACAAAAGCAUUCGCUGCCGUUGUCUACUUGAAAUCUAGACAGAAUCAAGUAUCUCUCGUAAGUGCUAAAACUCGUGUUGCUCCUAUAAAACAGCUUACUAUCCCAAGGUUGGAACUUUGCGGAGCACUUCUACUUGCCGAGCUAAUAACUGCCAUCGAAAAAGCACUAUCUUUUCCCAUAAAAGAGCGAUAUUUAUGGACAGAUUCAACAAUCGUAUUAAGUUGGAUAAAUAGACCCCCAAGUAAAGGGAAUAUUUUCAUUCAAAAUCGAGUUAAUAAUAUCUUAAAUUUAACUUCAGUGUCUGAUUGGUAUCACAUUCCUGGUAAACUCAAUCCAGCCGAUUGUGCUACUCGAGGACUUUUUCCAGAGCAGCUCAAAAAUGCAUCUUAUUGGUGGAAUGGUCCUGAUUGGAUCAAACAAGAUUUUCAUCCUCUUGUACCGUCCUUAAAAGUGCUAACUACCAACUUAGAUGAGCCAGACUCCGUGCAGGAACCUACGUCCGUAAAUGCGGACAGAAAUCCUUUGAAUGACAUGCUACUCAAAUUUUCAUCUUACACCAAACUUAUAAGAGUAUUUGCAUGGGUUAAACGUUUUAUUCAAAAUUGUAAAGCUACCUGUUUAACCUCUAAAUCAGUAGGGCUCCUUCAAGCAGAAGAAGUAGAGGCUUCACUUAAAAAUCUAGUUAAACUCAUUCAGCAAGCUGAAUUCUACCAGGAAAUUAAAUGUUUCAAAUUGAACAAACCCAUACCCAAAUCUAGUAAAUUACUCCCUUUAAAUAUAUUUUUGGAUAAAGAUGGGAUUCUCAGAGUGGGAGGUCGGCUUUCUAAACAUCCGACUCUUCCCUAUGAUCAAAAAUUUCCAAUAAUCAUCCCCAAAAGGCAUCAUAUAACUCCCCUUAUAAUUCGACAUUUUCACCAACUCAGUCUCCAUGCUGGACCAGAAUUGGUUUUAUCUCUCAUUCGACAAAAAUUCUGGAUUCCUGAUGGUCGUUCCACGGUUCGUCGAGAAAUCAAACGUUGUAUCGCUUGCUGUCGAUUAAAUUCUAAACCUUCGAACCCUAAGAUGGGAGAUUUGCCAAGUAGUCGAAUAACAAAAUCUCGUCCUUUUGAAAAAGUUGGGGUAGAUUUCGCAGGACCGUUAGUCACAAAAUGUCAGCAUCUCAGAAAAGCUACCCAAUUCAAGUCUUACCUUUGUUUAUUCAUAUGCACAGCGACUAGAGCAGUUCAUCUCGAACUCGUGUCCAGUAUGUCUACGGAAGCAUUCUUAGCCGCACUUCGUCGAUUUAUUGCACGACGAGGCCAUCCCACUGAUAUCCUGUUAGACAAUGGAUCGAAUUUCAUAGGUUCAGAUAAUUAUCUAAAGCAAUUAUUCAAGUUAGUCCAAGACCAGUCUGUACAAAAUUUCCUGACCGUGAGAAACAUCAGUUGGAAAUUCAUUCCACCAUAUGCUCCCAAUUUCGGUGGUGUUUGGGAGUCAUCCAUCAAACUCGCCAAAAGACAUCUCUUUAAAACUUGUCAAGGACAUUUGCUUAAUUUUGAAGAACUGUCGACUCUCUUAUGUCAGAUAGAGGCCUGUAUUAAUUCAAGACCUCUAGUACCACUUUCCAAUGAUCCAGCUGAUCUCAGGGCUCUCACCCCUGGAUGGACUAGAGACGUCCUUCACCAUUUGCAAGCCCGACGGAAGUGGCAUCAACAUCGUCCUCCUUUGAGUGUCGGAGAUCUCGUCCUUAUUCAAGCUGACAACAUGCCUCCAUUAUUCUGGCCACUAGCGCGUAUCCUCGAGAUCCUCCCUGGAACAGAUGGUAUCCCUAGAGUUGCCCUGCUUCGUACUCCAUCAGGACCUGCCAAAAGAGCCAUUAACAGACUCAUUGCACUACCGGUGCCGACAUGCCGCGCCCCGGAGGAUGGUGAUUCAUCUGAACGCCAACAGAUGGCGCAAUGA